AAGAAGAAGAAGAGGAGGAGGAAGGCCGACCGAAGAAGAAGAAGAGGAGGGCCAUUACCGGUCACAAGAAGAAGAGGAGGAGGCAGUGAUGGAGCAAGAUGGCUGCCUCGCCCGGCCAGGUCAGGCUGGAGCAGAGACUAAGGGUUAAAAUAGGUGAAGCCAAAAACCUUGUCCUGCGCAACCAUGGCAGUGGAGGGCAGAGAGAUGUCUACUGCGCCAUCUCCCUCGACCAGGAGGAAAUAUUCCGCUCAGCCACAGCAGAAAAGACACUGGACAUGUCUGUCUUCUUUGGUGAGGAAUUCCAGUUUGACAUUCCGAGAGAGUUUCGGUUCCUGUCAUUCUACCUGUACGAGCGUGACCGCCCCAUGAAGACGGACAAAAUCAUGGGAAAGGUGUCCAUCAAGAAGGAGCACCUCCACAAGUACCACGGCAGGGACCAGUGGUUUCCCAUCACGCCAGUGGAUGCAGACUCAGAGGUCCAGGGGAAAGUCCACGUUGAGGUACGGCCACUUCAGGUGCGGCACCUGAAUGACUGCUGUCAACACAUGGUGGAAGUCAAGAUCCUAGAGUGCAGCGACCUGGCUAUCAUCAAUGGUUCAUGUGAUCCCCUUGCCUCAGUCACCAUGAUCUACACCAACAAAAAGCAAGAAACCAAGAGGACCAAAGCCAAGAAGAAGACUGUUAGCCCUCAUUUUGAUGAAGCCUUCAUGUUUGAGCAGAGUAACCAGAGGGGCGGAAGCCAGGACCGGGAGAACAUGUACAGUCUGGUGGAGGAGGUUGCAGGCUUCCAGGAGGUGCGGGUGGCACUAUGGCACGACUCCCCGGGUGUGUUUGGUAACGUGUUUCUCGGAGAAGUCAAGAUCCCACUCAGUGAUAUGGGGCUUAAGAAGCGAGAUGCUUGGUACUUUCUUCAGCCCCGAAACUCAGCAGGAAAGAACCAAAGGGGUGACCUAGGUACCCUGAGGCUAAACAUUCAUUAUACCUCCGAUAAUGUUUUCUCUAGUCAGUCAUACGAUUCUCUCCGCAACCUCAUCCUGCAGAGCACUGGGGUGGAGCCCAUCACUGCCUCGGUGGCCUGGUUACUGGGUGAGGUGGUGCCUCAGAAGCACGAUGUGGUUCAGUCCCUUACUCGAGUCUUUCUCCACCAUGGCCAGGUGGUUCCCUUCGUCUCCGCCUUCGCACGUCAUGAAAUAUCAAAGAUCACGGACACAAACACAAUUUUCCGGGGCAAUACCCUUGUUUCUAAGUGCAUUGACGAGUUGAUGAAGUUGGUGGGUCAUCACUACCUUCGCUCAACCCUCAAGCCCACCCUUGACCUCAUCUUCCGAGAGAGAAAGCCUUGUGAGAUAGACCCCACCAAGCUGCAACCAGGAGAGAGUCGGGAGGCUAAUCUGUGUAAUCUUAAGGAAUAUAUUAAUCAGAUCCUGAAGCCAAUAAUUAAUUCAGCCCUCAACUGCCCACCUGUCAUGUGCCAAAUAUUUUCGGAGCUCAAGGAACUGGCCAACACCUAUUUUCCAAAUGAACGGGAAGUGAGAUAUUCAGUUAUUUCUGGGUUUGUGUUUCUCCGGUUCUUUGCUCCAGCCAUCCUCCAUCCCAAGCUCUUCGACCUCACUUCAGAGCAGAUUGACCCAUCAACACAACGCACCUUGACGCUGCUAAGCAAGAUAGUGCAGAGUGUCGGCAACCAGGUCAGUUCACGUCAGCCGCACCAGAGUUUCCGGGAGAGCUACAUGCGGGAAGUGUUCGCCCACUACAUCACAGACAAGCAUGUGGAGGGAACCCGCACGUUUCUGGAGAUACUGUCAUCAAUACCCAAUGGAAGUCAAAAGGCACAUGACACUCCGGUAAUACUUAAGGAAGGCAUCAUGAUCAAGAGAGCCCAGGGACGGAAGAAGUUUGGUAUUAAGAAUUUCAAGACCCGCUUCUUCAGACUCACGACUCACAGCCUCACCUACUCCAAAACAGAAGGUGGGCAACCCCUUUGUGAUAUUCCAGUGGAGAAUAUCCUUGCUGUGGAAAGGGUCCAGGAGUCCUCAUUCAAAAUAAAGAACAUGUUCCAGUUGGUUCAGGAAGGAAGAACGCUGUACAUCCAGGCAAUGAAUUGUGUGGAGGAGAAGGAGUGGAUGGACUUGUUAACCAAAGUAUGCCAGUAUAACACCCACCGCUUGAAGCAGUACCAUCCCGGGGCAUACAUCAACUCCAACUGGCUGUGUUGCAAGUCCCCCAGUGAGCAUGCCCCAGGUUGCAGUGCUGUGUCCAACUACCUGGACUGUGACUUGAAGGUGCACAUCGACAGUGACCGUGAGAUGGAGCGCCUCAAGUCUCUCCUCGUGGAUAACUUUGCCUAUCUGGAAGAGCUGCAUAACAUGUGUGAGAAAGCAAAUCUGUAUGGAACGUCCCAGGAGGUGAGCAUCGGGGGUGUGGUGAUGGAAAACCCUGCAAGAACCUACCAGUCCCUACAUUCUCUCAUGUCCAGUGUCCACCAGCUGCAGCAGGAGCACGAGAACCACCAGCUGCGCCUCAAGCACUCUGUUACUUAUGGCUCCAAACAAGCUCCCAUUGGUGAUGACAACUACCUGUUGUUGGCCUCCAAUAUUGCCAAGUUUAAAAACAGCGGAGGGACUGGCGAGGUUGAUAAUGCUGUCCGCAAGACGUCCAGUAGUCCCUGCUGACCAUGGGUGCUGCUCCCUGGGACAAAGGGAAGAUCAGGCAGAGGUAGGGAGGCACCUGGUGACAUAAACAUAACUGCCAACGUUCACUGGGUGUGUCCUGAGGUGAGAUAAAGUCUCAGACGCCUGUAUUGUUUAGUGUGUAUCAGGUUUUCACUUGUUACAGGAAGUAGAAGAUAUUAUAUUACUUGUUGAUCAAGUAGUUGGUCACUUGAGUGCAAAGUUGCAGAUUAUAUUACUCUAUUUUAUUGAUCAAUGUCUCAUGCUGUGCCAGAAAGUUAUGUAUCAUAUUCUUCUAUUUAAUUAAUGAAGAAUAUGAGCACACUGUAAAAAGAAAGUAAAGCUGUGCCAGAACUUUUUUUGCUGAAGAUAAUAGUUGCAGAGAAUUUUAUCAUAUUUGUAUAGAAUAAAGUCUGCAUGCUCCUUGACUCCUUAAGAAAAUAAAUUUGAGUGUGUAAACAAAAGAGACUAUGUACAGGGAGGUGAAACAUAAAAAUAUCACAAUUUAUGUAGCAUAUUUACUUAAGUUAUUUCUGAGGCUAUGACCAAGAAUUUUUAUAUUUUAGGUUUUAGUUAGCAUGAAAGUCUGUUAUUUAAUUUUAUUGGUAUUUGUACCAGGUGGUGGAGACCUGGCUGGUGUGGUAGUGUGUCGGGUGUGGCGCUUGGGGGCUGCAGGUCAGACACUUGAGCCAAGCGUUCAGAAUGGUCUACUGAGAGUAUGCAUGCUGGACUCAUACUGAACAGAACUUCACAUUUUCUAAUUCAUGCUCUCUACAUGUUUAGAAAACAUUAUUGACAUAAAAGAGGGAAUUUUGUAUAAUUGGAAUUGGACCUUGAAGUGUGUAGAAAGAUAGAUUAAAUAGACAUAGGUAUAGACACAUGCACACAUGAGACAAGUGCCAAAGGCAGUGUUGCUGUGAUUUAAAAGAGCACAGUAUUUAUUGUGUUUCUUUUGACAAUGUGUACACAAAGCAACACACAGUAUAGUUCAACACUUAGGAUCACUCAUGGUCUAAUGCCAUCAAUGUCAAGCAUAAUAUAUAAUCAAACUUGUAUGCCAGAGCUCAUCUGACCAGCAUGCACUUCCUUGUCACAAAUCAUUCACUCUAAACAAAAAAAUGUUUGUCACAAUUUGGAUAGCUUUGUUUAUAUUCUUUUCAGUACUAUAUGUCAUUAGUAUUGGUGAAGUUAGGGUUCUCAUAAAGCCUAUGCUCCAAUCUUAUUGUUUGUAGUUUUAUCGUGCUUUAAUUUUUUUCUUACUCUGAUUUUAUAACGUUUUGCUGCUUGAUGGCAAAUUUUCACGUGUGCUGUUCAACUGUUGCUGCCUAGUUGUACGGCUGCACACGCGUCGAGGCCAACUGAUAUAUUGUGCCAAAAGUAGACACUCAAGACAUGUACAAAAUCCGAACAAAGUGGGUGGGUGCAAAGGAGAUGGCAUUCGCUCUCCCACUGACAGCCAAUGUAGCACCGCCAGUCAGCCAGUCAGGCCGCUCUGCCGUCGCCCCCACCAGCGCUGAGGGGAUGAGCAAGGGUGUCGCAUGUUUGUUUAGUAGCAUAGAAUUUCUUUGCUCAUUUUCCUAAAUUGUAGUCUUUGUUAAUGUUUUCAGUUGUACUGUAUUGCUAGUAAUAUUUAUCCUUAUUUUUUUACAGCCAAUCAGUUUUGUUGCAUUUUUGUACAUUAAAAGAUAUUUAAGUGAAUCAAAUGACUCUCUAAUGUGAUAUAUGUGUGUGUGUCAUUGUGUGCAUGUGUGCAAGGCCAUUUUGGUGUAUGAUCUCAUGUUGGUGAUUGAUUCAGUAAUAAUACCCUCACAAAAAGUAUGGUGGAGCUUAGCUGCAGCCAUCACCUGAUUUUUUUUUCUCUUGGCAUAAUUUUUUAUCAUUUAUCAUUUUUAUCAUUUAAUCAUUUAUUGGUACCAGUGAUAUUUUGGUAAUAACCUUUUGUACAAUACAGUACUUAAGUUUUUUAAGUACAGAAUGUAUGUCUAGGUAGUAUUUAUAUGUUGUUUAUGAAGUAGUGAAGUAGUUUGUGGUGUUGUUCAUUCAGUGUUGUGUGUGACGUGCCAGUGAGUGACGGUGUUUAUCCAAGUAUUAGAAGCUAAAACGGCAGGCAUCGGGAGGUACAACUAACUACUGAGCCAUGGGCAAGGUCCCCACAAGAUUGUAAAAGGAUUGUAGGAAAUGCACAAAUUUUCACAUAUCUUGAGGGUUGCCUUACAUAGACCAAGUGAGUGUAAUGUACUAGAAGGACGGUGCCUGUGUGUAUACCAGAGAAUGUGGGGAGUAACUCAGUGUUGUAUGCUUGGUGUGCCUGUUUGAGACUAAUAUGUUCAGUAUCUAUGUGUGUCAAGUGUCUCAUUGCUCUUGUUCUCUCCUUUAUCCCAUACCCAGUGACUUCUUUCAGUCUUCCUUGUUUUUAUUCUAACUCAUCCUCCCAGCUGUACUCUUUUUUUUUCUUUAUCUGUCUUUGUUUCUUCUGUGCCUCAAACUUUUUUUAUCUUCUGUUCAUUACCUUAGCCUGCCUGUCAUGUCUCAGUUUUCAGUAGGUGAGUUUAGUUUAUUUAUUCUCUCUCUCUCUUGGUCUCAUUUUUCUUCUCCCUCUCGCUCUGCCUCUCCUUUUUACUCUAGUUCUUGCUCUUGCUUCCCCCCUCAUCCCCUGUUUCUGUAUAGCAUCCCAGUGUAAAUAACGUGAAAGCAAUCAUUUAACUGUGUACAAAUUUAAUGCCAAGUGAUACCCUGAACCAGAUAAUUAUGUAGAAGGCUGAAGCACACUACCACGCAUACAGUAGAUUAGUUAGUGUCCGGUGGCAGGCUGCCAUGCGAUGCUGCUGUGGCUGCUGCUACUCGGCAAGACAGCAAUGAGACGAGAUUGAUAUGUAGUUAAUCCCAAGCUCAGUAUUGUUGGUGGACGUAUGCUGGCCACUAACCCUGGGGCUCAGGUGUGUGUGUGUGUGUGUGUGUGUGUGUGUGUGUGUAUGUAUGGGUGUGGGUGUGGGUGACAAGUGAGUUUUGGUCACCUGGAGUAAUUAUUUAUUGAAGUUAAAGAUGAUAGUGAUACUGAGAGGAUUAUUAUCAUUAUUUUUUGUACCUCAGUAAUGAAGUUUUGGAGAUGUUUGCAAGGUUUAAAAGAAUGCAGUUCCCUGCAUUAUUGGUGUUAUGAAUUUUAAACUGAAUAUUUACCUUUUAACUCAGCGAAAGUCAGGCAAGAAUUUGUCUCCAAUAUUUUUUUCUCUAAUCAAAACCAGGUAGGGAUGAUUGUAUUGCAAACUAAGUAACAUGCAUUUCUUUCCCCCGAUGAAAAAAAAAGUGUAAAGGUUCGUUUCCACGUAAGGCAUGAUUUGGUAAUGAGACUUUUUAUGGAUAACCCGACAUUCCAAUUAGAGUUAGUAAAUUUUUCGAGGCCAAUGUCUACUUACCUGUAUUAUGUUUACUGUGCCAUAAAUUUUCACCUGAUGGGUAUUCGGAAAGGUUUUAACUAAUGACUGCAGGCUGAGGAGGAGGAGGAGGACGCCGACACUGGUGAUGGCGAGGGAAUUUGUUUUCUCCGCUUUUUCACUCUUAUUGUAGCAGUCACCAUUGUAUGUGUGUGUGUGUGUGUAUUUGUGUGUGUGUGUGUGUGUGUGUUUAUUUGUUUGUUUGUUUUCUAGUAAAGUGUUUCAAUAAUUUA